AUGAUGAGGCUGCAACCUGCUGGAGUCCGAUGGUUGACACCAGGUCUGAGAAAGUAUUUCUGUCAACUCACACUGGAUCCAAACACAGCACACACAAAACUCAAAUUGUCUGACAACAACAGGAAGAUGACAUAUGUGGAGGAGGAUCAGCCAUAUCCUGAUCAUCCAGACAGAUUUGAUGUAUUUCCUCAGCUGCUGUGUAGAAAUGAUCUGACUGGUCGCUGUUACUGGGAGGUUGAGUGGACAGGAAGGGUUCAUGUAUCAGUGUCUUACAGAGGAAUCAGCAGGAAAGGAGACAGUAAUGACUGCAGAUGUGGAAGGAAUGAUCAGUCAUGGAGUCUGAACUGCUCUGAUGAUGGUUACUCUGUCUGGCACGAUAAUGGAGGAACAGUCAUCCCCUCCUCCUCCUCCUCCUCCUCCUCCUCUGUCACUAACAGAGUAGCAGUGUAUGUGGAUUGUCCUGCUGGCACACUGUCCUUCUUUAGAGUCUCCUCUGACACACUGAUCCACCUCCAAACCUUCAACACCACAUUCACUCAGCCUCUAUGUCCUGGGUUUGGAUUUAGGUCAGGCUGGUCUGGUUUGUUUGGUUCCUCAUUGUCUCUGUGUUCUCUGUAGGAGGGAGAGUCUCCUCCUGUUAGAGAAACUUUCUCAUGUUAUUUAGUAUAGAU